GGUCAUAGCAGUAUUUAAAGAGGCAGUUCUCUUCCCCAGACCGCUGCAUCCUGUUCGUUCACUCAUUCAUUUGGACGUUGCCACUUGGAGAGGCAUUUUACCGAGCAUUUUAACUUCCACCAAUCAGAUCACGGAUUUGGAGUAUGAUUUUAAGGCUCCAAUAUUCUAUGGAAAAACAAGGAAACCAAAUUAUAGCCGGGACAAAAUUCAGCCAGAGAGACGCCUUUAGAGAAUCCUGACCUCUAAUGUUCCUGUCCUAAACUGCUCCAGUAAAGAAUUUGGUGCAACUACUUGUCCUCUCCACAUUAUUACGCCACUUCUUCAAUCCUGGAACUGAUCAAAAUAGUUGUGGAAAAUGGUUGGAUUUGGACCUGCAGAUGCGCCUCCGUCAGCAGCAGUGAAGUUUGUGGGAGCAGGAACUGCAGCCUGCAUCGCUGACCUGCUCACCUUUCCUCUGGACACAGCCAAAGUGCGGCUGCAGAUACAAGGAGAGGCUAGAGCUUCAGCAGCCACGGGGAAAGUGUCUGCAUUGAAAUAUCGAGGAGUGUUUGGCACCAUCACCACCAUGGUGCGUACAGAAGGGCCCAGGAGCCUCUACAGCGGACUGGUGGCAGGACUCCAGAGGCAGAUGAGCUUUGCCUCUGUUCGCAUUGGUCUGUACGACUCUGUGAAACAGUUCUACACUAAGGGCUCUGAUCAUGUUGGCAUCUGCAGUCGACUGCUUGCAGGAUGCACCACCGGCGCCAUGGCAGUGGCUUUUGCGCAGCCUACAGAUGUGGUGAAAGUCCGCUUCCAGGCACAGGCCAGGUCUCCAGGGCAGGCCAGACGCUAUUGUGGCACCAUUGAUGCUUACAAAACUAUUGCCAAGGAAGAAGGCAUUCGUGGCCUGUGGAAAGGGACAGGCCCAAACAUUGCACGAAAUGCAAUAGUAAACUGCACUGAACUGGUGACGUAUGAUUUCAUCAAGGAUGCACUGCUUAGGUCCACUCUUCUGACAGAUAAUCUGCCCUGCCACUUUGUCUCAGCCUUCGGUGCAGGGUUAUGCACAACAGUGAUUGCCUCUCCAGUUGAUGUGGUGAAGACAAGAUACAUGAAUGCUGCGCUUGGCCAGUACAGCAGUGUCCUAAAUUGUGCUGCUGCCAUGAUGACCAAAGAGGGACCACUUGCCUUUUAUAAGGGGUUCAUGCCAUCUUUCCUACGCCUGGGCUCCUGGAACGUGGUGAUGUUUGUCACAUAUGAGCAGCUGAAACGAGCCAUGAUGGCAGCGAAUCACAACUCCACAACUAUCCUGUGAAUUGUUACUGUGUGUCAGAAGGCUGAUGAAGCACAGUGGUGUUGUUUACAAAUGUCUUUACUUUCUGUUGCCCCCAGUAUAUCUUUCAAAGUAAAGUUUUAUACAAAUUGA